UUUAGCUGCUUGCCGAAGCCCUGCAGAGUUGAUCUGUCAACCUGACCGAAAGCCUUGACACUUGCUGGCGGACUCUGCCGGGUUUAUUUCGGCAUAGGGAUACAAGCUUAAGAGAACAACGUCGUUGGGAUAUGGUUGUUAGGAAACGGGGCUGUGUCAGUGGCGGUUUAGAAGUAACCGUCGUCUGUCAGAAUUCCAACUAUCCAACAGCCGAGCUAGCCAUUUAGCUAAUUACUGAAGACCACCGGGAGCUCGCUGUGCAGGGGACACGCAUUAAUGUCGCCUCUGGUGAGGAUCAUCCAUCGGUAGGUGUUCAUUUGGACUCAGUGACCCCGCUGUGAUGAUAUCCUGACAGUUCACCUCGUCCGUUCCUGACACUUUCCUAAGCCUGGCUAGCGAGCCCACUUGGCUAACUAGCCGGUUUUUAAACUGCCUCAGCGUCGCAACCAGCUUUCGCCGUGGCAGUGAACCCCCGGUUUAAUACGUUGACAGGAGUGCGGACACGGGGGACGCUGAAAACCCCCGUUUUGCGGAAGGACCGUACCGAAGGGCCCCUGUUUUAUGACAGUCUGCGAGGAGAGAGGAGCUAGCAGAGAGGACACUCGGCCAUUCAGCGCGGCAGAGGCGGUGCGCUGCAGAAGGAGACACCGGACUGCACGGAGGAAGAGUCCCACACGUUUGGCUACUGUGAUCCGGGAGUUAUCCGGACAGAGACCUCAUGAAUGGAACUCGGAACUACAGCCGUUGGGGCCCAGUCCCUGUUCGCCAUGCCUCGGCGGCCUGGCUUUGGCACCAUGGGGAAGCCCAUCAAGCUGCUGGCCAACUGCUUCCAGGUGGAUAUCCCCAAGAUGGAUGUCUACCUCUACGAGGUGGACAUCACACCUGACAAGUGCCCCCGGAGAGUCAACAGGGAGGUGGUCGACUCAAUGGUAAAGCAUUUUAAGGUGACAAUCUUUGGGGAUCGCAGGCCAGUCUAUGAUGGGAAGAGGAGCCUGUACACAGCCAACCCACUGCCUGUGGCUCCUGCAGGGGUGGACCUGGAUGUCACUCUACCAGGUGAGGGAGGCAAAGAUCGCCCCUUCAAAGUUUCCAUCAAGUUUGCGUCUCUGGUCAGCUGGCACAUGCUCCACGAGGUGCUGACCGGCCGCUGCAUGCCUGAGCCCCUGGAGCUGGACAAGCCCAUCAGCACCAACCCGGUGCACGCAGUGGACGUGGUGCUGCGACACCUGCCCUCCAUGAAGUACACUCCGGUGGGUCGCUCCUUCUUCUCGGCUCCUGAGGGCUAUGACCAUCCCCUGGGAGGUGGGAGGGAGGUUUGGUUUGGUUUCCAUCAAUCUGUGCGCCCUGCCAUGUGGAAGAUGAUGCUUAACAUUGAUGUGUCCGCCACUGCCUUCUACAAGGCUCAGCCAGUCAUCCAGUUCAUGUGUGAAGUGCUGGACAUCCACAACAUAGACGAGCAGCCUCGCCCUCUCACAGACUCGCACCGGGUCAAAUUCACCAAAGAAAUUAAAGGUCUGAAGGUGGAGGUGACGCACUGUGGAACCAUGCGGAGGAAGUACCGCGUCUGCAACGUGACCCGUCGGCCUGCUAGCCAUCAAACGUUCCCUCUACAGUUGGAAAAUGGUCAGACUGUAGAGCGCACUGUAGCCCAGUACUUCAGGGAGAAGUACAGCCUGCAGCUCAAGUACCCACAUUUGCCCUGUCUACAAGUGGGCCAGGAGCAGAAGCACACCUACCUGCCCCUGGAGGUGUGUAACAUUGUAGCAGGUCAACGAUGCAUCAAGAAGCUGACAGAUAAUCAGACCUCCACGAUGAUCAAAGCCACGGCUCGCUCUGCGCCCGACAGACAGGAGGAGAUCAGCAGGCUGGUGCGCAGUGCCAACUACGAGGCAGACCCCUUUGUGCAGGAGUUCCAGUUCAAGGUUCGCGACGAGAUGGCCCAAGUGACGGGGCGAGUGCUACCUGCCCCUAUGCUGCAAUAUGGCGGCAGGGUGAGCACAGAGCACUUUAUGAACCGCACUGUAGCCACGCCCAGCCACGGGGUGUGGGACAUGAGAGGGAAGCAGUUCCACACCGGGGUGGAGAUCAAGAUGUGGGCCAUCGCCUGCUUUGCCACACAGAGGCAGUGUCGCGAAGAAAUACUCAAGGGUUUCACAGACCAGCUGCGUAAAAUCUCUAAGGAUGCUGGGAUGCCCAUCCAGGGUCAGCCAUGUUUCUGUAAAUACGCCCAGGGAGCGGACAGCGUGGAGCCCAUGUUCAGACACCUGAAGAACACAUACGCCGGACUGCAGCUCAUCAUCGUCAUUCUGCCCGGAAAGACUCCUGUCUAUGCGGAGGUAAAGCGCGUUGGGGACACCCUCCUGGGCAUGGCCACGCAGUGCGUCCAGGUGAAGAACGUGGUGAAGACAUCACCUCAGACCCUCUCCAACCUCUGCCUCAAGAUCAACGUGAAGCUGGGAGGCAUCAACAACAUCCUGGUGCCUCAUCAACGACCAUCAGUGUUUCAGCAGCCAGUUAUCUUCCUGGGAGCAGAUGUCACACACCCUCCUGCUGGAGAUGGGAAGAAGCCUUCAAUUGCAGCAGUGGUAGGCAGUAUGGACGCUCACCCCAGCAGAUACUGUGCCACAGUGCGAGUCCAGAGGCCCAGGCAGGAGGUGAUCCAGGACCUGGCCUCCAUGGUGCGGGAGCUGCUCAUCCAGUUCUACAAGUCCACUCGCUACAAGCCCACCAGGAUCAUUUUCUACAGGGAUGGAGUUUCAGAAGGCCAGUUCAGACAGGUGCUGUAUUAUGAGCUGCUGGCUAUUCGUGAGGCCUGUAUCGCCCUGGAGAAGGAGUACCAGCCUGGCAUCACAUACAUUGUUGUGCAAAAACGCCACCACACACGCCUCUUCUGCGCCGACCGCAAUGAGAGAGUCGGACGUAGUGGAAACAUUCCUGCUGGUACCACCGUGGACACGGACAUCACACAUCCCUACGAGUUUGACUUUUACCUCUGCAGUCACGCUGGAAUACAGGUCAGACCCUCGUCCUGUCCUCUCUGCACAGCCAGGUUUCAUCACCUUCUCUUUCACUUAAAUCUGAAGGCUAAACACUUUGAGCUUCUGCCAUCUAUGCAUUCUUGCAAAACGAUUAGAUAGAGGACUCAGAAAU